AUGAACACCUCCAAUCCAAGCGUACUCGUCAUCGGCGGCUCCUAUGCCGGCUUGCAUGCCGCCGAGCUGCUCGCUCAACAACUUCCUAGCCAUUGGUCCGUCACCCUCGUCGAACGGAACACCCAUUUCAACCACGUUUACUCGUUCCCCAGAAGCGCAGUCACUGGACUGGCUCAUCGCAACUUCAUCCCCUACACCGGCAAACUCAACAAGCUCAACAACCACAUCUCGAGUCCAGAAGAGCGUAGUAGUAGUAGUAGUAGUAGUAGUACAAAUCUAAAUCCAAGGAUCAGAUUGAUCAAUGCCUCAGUGACGAAGAUUGUGGACCGGAAGGUCUUCCUGGACCGGAUGGUCGAUCUCCAUCCUGACUCAUCAUCAUCAGUCCAUGAAUCCAUCAUCCACAAUAAUCUCGCUGACUCGCCGGCCGGGAGCGUGUUCACCGACAGCGGAUACGCCUCAUCCCUGGAUUCUAAAAACAGCCCUGCUGCUAAGAAACCUGACCAUCAACUCACAUCCUCCAGAAGCAUCGAACAAAUCGGAGCCCAUCCACACUCGCAUCCAGCCCCUCAACGAACCGCCCAAGUCGGAUGGGACUUCUUAGUCUAUGCCUUAGGCUCUCAUAUGCCCAUGCCCCUCCAUCUCCCCAUCGACCAACAUCGCUCCAAAACAAACGGCGUCGCUUUCUUGGAGGCCCAAAAGGCUGCUAUCGCUAAGGCCGAGAAGAUCGUGAUCGUCGGUGGAGGAGCAUUAGGGAUCCAAUAUGCUUGCGACAUUGCCCACCGAUACCAACUGCUAGGUGCACCAAAACACGUCACUCUGAUCCAUUCCAGGGCGGCGUUUCUGCCGAGCUUCAAGCCCGAGAUUGACCAGAAAGUGAAGCAAGCCCUUGAUGGCUUUGGGGUCCAUGUUGUCCUUGGCGAGCGCGUCAAUCUGACCAAGUUGAAGGCGGACAUCGAGUUACAGAAGGAGAGAGGAUCUGGAAAGGUGGUUGUCGAGUCGUUGUCUAACGAGGGCAACCGAUGGGAGGCCGAUUUAGUCCUCACGUGUACAGGCCAGAUCCCGAACACAAGUUUGAUGGCCCAAUUCUGUCCUUUAGCGGUGCACGGAGGGAUGCGCAACCAGGAAGGCUCGAGCGGGCUGAUCCGAGUGAACCGGGGGCUUCAGAUCUCGCCGUCGCGGCUGGGUCCGUCGCCGGUCGAGACCCCGACGGGCGCCCAGGCGGCAUGCGAGUGCGGCUUUGCGUCCCUCCAGAUCUCCCGGCCAACACUCCCGACGAACAAGCAGAGGGAUGAGAAUCCGGCCUGGAAGCGCGUCUUUGCUAUCGGCGACUGCAUCGACGGCUUCGGCGCCAUCAAGGCCGGCCAUGUCGGCUGGAAUCAGGCCGAGGUCGCCGCCCGUAAUAUCCUCGCUUCCAUCGCUCAUCUCGAACGUAAGAGCCUUGGUGCUGGCCAUCAGUCAGUAGACCUCGAUGAGGUACAGCUCGAACACUAUCUUCCCACUCCACCGAUGAUCAAACUCACCCUGGGCUUGCACCGCGUCGUCACUCAGCUUCGUUCAUCCGACAACCCUGACCAAGUCGUCGUUGCCGAAAAGACUAUCGUGCCCGAUGGCGAUCAGGGAGCCGCGUGGAGAGACAUGUGGAGUCGCUACGACCUUGUCGACGAAGACCAGAUCCUCGACGGCUGGGCUUGAUCUUCAUUAUCCGCCCUCCCCUCCUCCCCUCUUCUAUCCUUUUCACUUUAUUUCAUUGUUUUGUUUUUUUUUCUCCUGCUUUAUAACACCUCUAAUGAUUUAUUUAUUUAUUUAUUCUCGUUUUCGAUGUGUUCUUUUUUUUUUUAUGAUGUGCGUUCAUCUAUUUAUUGAUUCCAUCCCACUCACACCAGGCAAUCAUCAUUCCUCAUA